GUCAUCGGUCACAUAGGUCGCGCGUGGAAUUCAGGGAAAUUACUCCACGCGACACAAAACAACUCCCAAAACCACGCCUCCUCUCCCCUGAUUCGCCCUGACGUCACUCGUUUCCGGCGGGAGGCGGAGCUUUUUCUUCCUAUAAAAGCCUCACCCUCUGACGGGUCCCCUCAUUCAUUACCAUUCACUCUCUGCAGAACAGCACGAGGCGUCAUGACGUCACCACUGCCUAACGUCUCCGUAGAGGAGGAAGAGUGCGGCAUCUGUUACCUUGACUACUGCCAGGAGAGAAAGCGGCGCUCAUUGGCCGCCUGCCACCACGUGAUCUGCUCCGGCUGCCUGGAGAGCCUGGCUUCCAUGGGAGGCGAUGAAGUGACCUGCCCCUUUUGCCGCGCGCCGUCGCCGUUGCCCAGCGACGACGAAGAGGGGGCGGGGACUACUGACGUCACCGGACGCUUCAAAUGGUUCAAGAGACUGUACAGGAGAAAAUCGAAGGCGGGGUCUCGCCGUAGAGGUUCUAUGGCCAACGAGGACCUACGGGACAUGGUGCUGAUUUGCUCCUACUUCAUGUGAAUAGUGACCUGGGACUUCUUAACCCUUGGACCUGGGAGGGCUGUUAUCUGUCCGGGCAUGCUGGGAAUUGUAGUUUUGCAAUGGCUGGAGGCACACUGUAGAAGAUUGUGGGUUCCUUCAUUCUUACUAUAUACCUCUAAUAGAGUCUUGUCUUGGGAAACCUGAAGGAGUUGUGGGGGAGGUAUAAGUACACAAGGUGCCUCCUUUGCUCUGCGCCAAUGUCGGCGUACAUCUCGGACCCUUUAAAAAACGGACGAUGCUUUAGUAAUGGUACAACUGUAUGAAGACAGUGCCACCUAGUGGCCGGCACGGACUAUAAAGCCUGUGUGUGAACGGUCAUAUUUAAGGCAUGGACAGUGAAUUCCUGGAUGGUGUAAUGUUUCCUCCCAUGAUGCACUUUGUAUUUUUAUUCUAUUUAUAUUUAUUUAUUAACUAGAUGCUGCGAUU